AUGUCCAUGACUGACCAUGUUCGUGUUCUCCGACACAACAAGAGACUGCCACAGUUUAGAUAUUGUCCUUACACUAUAAGGUCAAAGGAAAAGGAGAUGGAGAAGCAAAAAGAAGAAGCUAGACGACUCGGAAUAGAGCUCUCGUUCCUUGUCGCCGAAGCAAUGUUCUUAUUAUCUGAUGACAUACUGUUUCGUGUUAUACAACAUGUGUUUGUCUUCUACAUCAAACCUAAGAAAGGAGUCUAUAAAGAUGCUGGCCAAUCAAUUCAAUGGGAACAUUUGAAAGCUUGUGCUUAUUAUUUUGCUUAUGGAGUGAGAGUUCUUGUUACAAUUGUCUCGGUUCUUGAAGGUGGUUGUCUAGUGAAACAAUCUGCUUUUAAAGACUAUAACCAAGAGGUUAAGAAGCUAGAGGAGAAUUUGAGAUCUGUCAAGGAUGUUAUAGAGGCGAAUGGGUUUUCGAGAGAAGCUAUUGAGUCUCGAGUUCUUUACUUUUGGAAGUCUCUCUUUGUAACGUCGUCAACGGUAUUGGUGCUCCCGGAUAAGCCUACAGUUCAUAUGCUGUUUAGGGAUCUUUUGAAUGAAGCAAGUCGUGAUGCUUGCUCUCGUCUACUUACUUCUUUACACAUAUGA